AUAUAUUACCAUCCAAUCCGCUCAACUUCAUAUGUAAACGAGUUUUGAAUUUGCCGUCUCUCUCAGUGAUCACCAAAUAAAAAGAGGCUUGCGUUCAUUGAGCAAAGAUGUCUCUGAUCCGAUCAUUGUUUGGUAAUCCAUUAUCCACUGACGUAUGGGCACCAUCUGGUUCAAGCAAUGAGAUUUCCACAUUCGCUAAUGCACAAGUUGAUUGGAAAGAGACCCCAGAAGCCCAUGUGUUCAAGGCAGAUCUUCCAGGGCUAAAGAAAGAGGAGGUGAAAGUUGAGAUUGAGGAAGGAAGGGUUCUUCAAAUAAGCGGAGAAAGAAGUCUGGAGAAGGAGGAGAAAAACGAUAAGUGGCACCGGGUGGAGAGGGGUAGAGGCAAGUUUCUGAGGAGAUUCUGGUUACCAGAGAAUGCUAAGGUUGAUGAAGUGAAGGCUUCAAUGGAGAAUGGAGUCCUGACUGUUACUAUUCCGAAGGCGGAGGAGAAGAAGCCUGAGGUCAAGUCUAUUGAGAUCAGCGGAGCUUGAGUUGCAUGAUGAUGUCUUUUUUAUCAAUUUCCUAUGUUUUCUGUGUGAAGCUUUUUUGAACUGCUUGUUGUGUGAAGCUGUGUUGUCUUUCAAUACGAUGAUGUCUUUAAUGUAUUUGUGGUGUUUUUAGCAAUAAAAGCUGCUUUUUAUAUUUUCCUA